UGUGGUAUAUGAGUUGUGAGCGGUUCCGGCUUGUGAGCGUGUGGAAGGAUGGAUUGUUUUCCAGAGAAUAUUUUAAUAGAGAUUUUAUCUUAUUUAAGUAUCAGAGAGCUUCUCCGGUCCGCCAGGGUGUGUAAGCGCUGGAGGCAGCUGGUGAAGGACCAGAGACUGUGGCGUAAUGUAGAUCUUUCAACAUGGAAAGGAAUGACGUCGCGUGUGCUGUGGGUGUUGUUACGGCAGUACCUGGGGCGUGGGCUGCGGUACCUGCGUCUGCGUGGGCUGCUGCUGUCUGCGCGGGCCGGGGCGUUCCUGUCCGAGCCCUGGCUGCAGACUCUCUCCUCUAAAUGCCCUCGGCUGUGCCGGCUCACCCUGCUGCACACCGACCUGCGCGGCCUGCGCAGCUGCUCCCUCCUCCCGCACACCUUACAGGUGCUUGAGCUUCGUAGCUGCGAGGUCCCUCCCGGUUUCUUUACCCAGAAUCCCCCUGGUUCACCAGAGCUGGACGGCCCCAAGCCGGCCGCGUCCAAAAUCCACAGCAAGCCUCCGAAGUCUCCCUCCUUCUCGGGCAUCAGCAUCGAGACGCUGGUUUUGGACAACGUCCCGUCCUUCACCAACCAGCACCUGCAGAGCCUGAGCUCGUGGGCGCGGCUGAGCCGGCUGGAGCUGCGGGAGCUGAUCCGGGUGACGGCGGCGGGACUGCGGGCGUGCGCCCCCCCCGGCCCCCAGGCCCUCGCCCGUCUCCGCCACCUGGAGAUGGACACGGGGAACCGGCAGCAGAUGGCGGCGCUGGGGCUGGGGGAGGGCUGGGCGGGGCUGGAGGGUUUGGGGCUGGGCGGGCGGGAGGUGAGCCCCGGUCUGCUGUGCCUGAGCCGCCUGCCAGACCUGCGCUGGCUGCGGCUGCGCAACUGCAGGCUGACGGAGAUGAUGGUGCUGCGCAGCUGCCGGACGCUGAAGGAGCUGCACCGGCUGGAGUUCUGGCAGGUGGAGUUUGUGACGGAGGGCAGGGGUGGAGGAGAGGCGGAGGGCGGAGGAGAGAAGGAGGAGGGGGAGCGAGAGAGGGAGGAGCCGAGCGAAAACGACCCGGUGCCGAACCUCCGCCGAUCGCUGGGGACCCUGCUGCCCAAGUGCAGUUUACUGUUCACUCAGUGCAAAGUUACGGAGAACACGGACUAACUGUAACUGUAAGAUCUGAUACUACAGCAGUGCUGCUGGAGUUCUUAAACACUGUAUCACACACUCCUACCUACAGCUCAAAGUCUUCAUCAUCUUCUUAUCCUUCAUCAGAACAGUGUAUAAAAUAUCUCUCAUAGUGCACUAUUCUCAUCUCAGCGGUGACCGUGAGAUGUUUAAAAACUCCAGCAGCACUGCUGUAUCUGAUCCACUCAUGCCAAACCUACUGUACUGUAGCACACUUUUCCAUCCAGCACAUCCACAAACAACAUCAAACAUCCCACCAGGCUUUAUCUUACAGGCUUUUUCUUCUGAUGGAGAAAUUCUACAUCAUCUACACUGGACUUUAAAAGAAAAUUGCUCCAAAUAAUCUAUCCAAAAUAUCUUCAUUAUUUAAAGGAGAACUCUGGUGUAAAAUUGAUUUUUGGUGUAGUAAAACAUGAUAAAGAGUACUGAUCUUUGUUAGUACUUUGAAUAGCCCACCUCCACUUUCCCACAGCUUUCUGGGAUCCAGUAAUUUUGUGCUUUAUGUCCAGAAUAAAUCGCUUUUUACACCAUUAUCCAGAAUCACAGCUCCACAUCUCAUUGGUAGAAUCCAGAGAGCCCUGACAUUUAAAACGAGGCAUUAAUAACUUAAAAAGUGCAGAAGAAGCUUAUUAAAAAACACUGUUUACAUCCCGUAGCGUAGGUAAAUUUCUGGGCAGAGAUUAGCUAACGCUACGGGAUGUAAAGAGUGAAGCUCAAUUUCACACCAAACCCACACCCAGAAUGAGUUCAUUUCUCCUACAGUUGCUGCUGUUUCUGUUUUAUUAUGGUCAGUAACCCACAGACAGUAAUACUGAAUAUAUUUAACAUAUACAGUAAUAUUAAAACUCUGUGUUUGGAAAGGAAGUGAAAGCCUAUUAAUCCAGAACAGAGCUUAUUGAUUUCUGUCAAUAAAUGGGAAGUAUUGAAAGAGUAAAUUUGUAAUAAAAAAUAUUUUUAAAGUUAAA